AUGAGUAGUGUCCUUUCAUAUCUGGACCCCCGGCGUGUCCAGUGGGGCGCUACCUGGUACGCCAUGCAUUCUAGAAUCCUCCGCACCAAGCCCGUGGAAUCCAUGCUGGAAGGAACAGGCACCACCACAUCCCAUGGAACAAAACUGGCCCAAGUGCUUACCACCAUCGAUUUGGUUUCACUAGGUGUUGGAAGCUGUGUCGGCACUGGAAUGUAUGUGGUCUCUGGCCUGGUUGCUAAGGAAAUGGCUGGGCCUGGCGUCAUCGUUUCCUUCAUCAUUGCUGCUGUUGCCUCCAUCUUGUCUGGCGUUUGCUAUGCUGAGUUUGGUGUGCGGGUCCCGAAAACCACCGGCUCUGCUUACACCUACAGUUAUGUCACAGUGGGAGAGUUGGUGGCGUUUUUCAUUGGAUGGAACCUCAUCCUGGAGUACCUGAUCGGCACAGCAGCGGGCGCCAGUGCCUUGAGCAGUAUGUUUGACUCUCUGGCCAAUCACACCAUCAGUCGCUGGAUGAUCGACAGUGUUGGAACUUUGAAUGGGCUGGGUAAAGGAGAAGAAUCGUAUCCAGACCUGCUCGCUUUGGUUAUUGCUGUUGUCGUAACAAUCAUCGUUGCUUUGGGUGUGAAGAAUUCUGUGGGGUUUAACAACAUCCUGAAUGUGAUCAACCUGGCUGUGUGGAUCUUCAUUAUGGUCACUGGACUGCUAUAUGUUGAUGGAGAAAACUGGGCUGAAGGACGGUUCCUGCCAUUUGGAUGGUCAGGGGUGCUUCAAGGUGCAGCCACCUGUUUCUACGCCUUCAUUGGAUUUGACAUCAUUGCCACCACUGGGGAAGAAGCAAAGAGUCCCAACACUUCUAUCCCGUACGCCAUCACUGCCUCCCUGGUCACAUGCCUGACGGCAUAUGUGUCCGUGAGCAUUAUCUUAACUCUGAUGGUGCCAUACAAUGAGAUUGAUACUGAGUCCCCCCUGAUGGAGAUGUUUGUGGCCCGUGGAUUCUACACUGCUAAAUUCAUUGUUGCCAUUGGAUCUGUGGCUGGGUUGACUGUGAGCUUGCUGGGUUCCCUCUUCCCGAUGCCUCGUGUAAUUUAUGCUAUGGCUGGUGAUGGACUUCUUUUCAGAUUCUUGUCCCAUGUAAGUUCCUAUACUGAGACUCCUGUAGUCGCUUGCAUCGUCUCAGGAUUUCUCGCAGCACUACUGUCCUUGCUGGUAAGCCUGAGGGACCUGAUAGAGAUGAUGUCCAUCGGCACUCUGCUGGCCUACACUUUGGUCUCUGUCUGUGUCCUGCUUCUCCGUUACCAGCCAGAGAGUGACAUUGAUGGCUUUGUCAAGUUCCUUUCUGAAGAGCACACUAAGAAGAAGGAAGGGAUCUUAGCAGACUGUGAGAAGGAGGUGUGCUCACCUGUGAGUGAAGGUGAAGAGUUUGCAGGCCCACCCACCAACACCUGCGGCGCAAAGAACCUUCCAUCCCUGGGUGACAAUGAGAUGCUCAUCGGAAAAUCUGAUAAGUCCACCUACAAUGUCAAUCAUCCCAAUUAUGGUACAGUCGACAUGACUUCAGGAAUAGAGGCAGACGAGUCUGAAAACUUCUAUCUCAUCAAGUUGAAGAAACUGAUUGGACCACGGUACUACACAAUGAGGAUCCACCUUGGGCUUCCUGGGAAAAUGGACCGGCCCACAGCAGCAACUGGCCAGACAGUCACCACUUGUGUGCUGCUGCUGUUUGUCCUGAUGUUCAUCUUCUGUUCUUUCAUCAUUUUUGGGGUGGACUAUCUCUAUGAUCAAAGCUGGUGGGCAAUUCUUCUGGUUGUUCUAAUGGUCCUGCUGAUUGUGGCAUUGGUGUUUGUCAUUCUUCAACAGCCGGAAAACCCCAAAAAGCUCCCCUACAUGGCCCCUUGUUUGCCUUUUGUCCCUGCCUUUGCUAUGCUUGUGAACAUCUAUCUCAUGCUGAAACUUUCAAAGAUCACAUGGAUCCGGUUUGCUGUCUGGUGUUUUGUGGGGGUGUUGAUUUAUUUUGGCUACGGCAUAUGGAACAGCACGCUGGAGAUCACCGCUCGGGAAGAGGCCCUGCAUCAGAGCACAUACCAACGCUAUGAUGCUGAUGUUGAUCCCUUCUCGGUUGAAGAUGGCUUUGCCUAUGCCGAGAGCGACAACUAUCAGGACUGGGCUCCUGCCGAUGACAAAGGUUUCUCUUACCAGCAGAUGUCAGAAGCAAAGGAAAGCAGUCGGACAAGUAGCAAAUCAAAAAGCAAAAGCAAACACAAACAGAACUCGGAUGCACUGAUUUCAAAUGAUGAGUUAGAGUACUCGCCAGAGUAG